UGCCAUUUUAUAAAAUGUGGUCAGAUAGAGAAAUACGGUGAAGUCGUACAAUACCAAGGUUCCAGGUAAAAGAUAUUUAAAACAAACGAUGUAUUUGAAUCUGAGAGGACUCCCAAGGCCAGUACCCCCAUCCUUGUUCCUGGCAUUCUUCCUGGGAUUUUCCUCGUGUCUUCUUCUACAAUGGAUUCUAGAAGGAAAUCGCCCAGAACCAUUAGAAAAAUCUGUGAUGAUCCCUGGCGUCUCCAGGGAUUAUAUGUUACCCACGGAUUACUCCAACUAUCGUCUUCGUGCACUUAUUGAAGAGAUGUCGUGUCGCGCGUUCGGCAUUGGAACAAGAGGAGGAUUUUGUCUCACGCCAACGGAGCCCAUGGUUGGCUACAAUUACGUAUGGUGUCCCGUGAUAUCAAAUAUCCUAGAUGACCUUUUCGAGGGUCAAACUGUUGGAGAUUUUGGAUGUGGAUUAGGACAAUACGGCCGUUUUUUCCUCAGGAGAGGAGAUCGACUAAUGCCCUAUAGCCCAGCAUCUGAAGAAACGAUAUUCUUAAACAAUUCUGAAGUUCAAGCUGCCUUGAAAAAACCACAAAAAGUCUUAACUUGGACUGGUUUCGAUGGUGCAGGCAACAUAGAAGCAGUGAUUAAAGAUAGAUUUAUAAAGUUUCUCGAUCUUUCCGAAGAACAGCAUCUUCCCGAGAAGUACAACUGGGUGAUGAGUUUAGAGGUUGGAGAGCAUAUCCCUGCCGUAUUCGAGGAUACGUUUUUAGACAAUGUUGUUCGCCAUGCUUGUAAUGGUGUAAUAUUAUCCUGGGCUAUACCAGGACAAGAAGGCCAUUACCACGUCAAUUGUCGAGACAACAAUUACAUCAAAGCCAAGAUGGCAAAACGAGGCUUUAUCAACGAUUUGGCGAUGGAGACCUGGAUUCGGCGAGCAACACAUUUUCCGCAUUUUAAAAAUACUUUGAUGGUUUUUAACAGAGCGGUGCCUCUAGAUGAUGAGAGUUGUGUUAAGAGAAUUGACAUCUAAGAUCUAAAAAAAAAAUCUUAAAUAAUUAUCAUUCCCAAACCAGCCUGCAUCAUUCGCAAAUCUCGAUUUUUGUGGCUUCACGUGCACUUCACUGUUUACAGUUUCGCGUAAUUGAAACCUGCAUAAUUAAAAUAUUAGGCAAUAUUCUAUAAUAUCAGUUCUAACACACGACGUUUGGUUUAGUAAUAAGUGUUUAUGUCGUCGAAAAAUACCACUUGCGUUUGUUUUUGAACGUUUUAGUUUUGACUAUUUCAUGUACCUCAUU